UUCUAUCAAUGUCAAUGUCAAAUAACAAUUUAUCAGUGUUUUCUCGUAUUUAUUGUAAAAACGGGCUUUAAAUUGGAAAUCCAGAAUAAAAAAAGAUAUUUUAUAAUACUUUUAUUCUUUACAAAACUCAUUUCAAGGCUCAUAUUUCCUUUAAACCAUUUUAGCAACUAGUUUUUAUGUAUUUGUUCACAGCCCUCCCUACAGUUAAAAUAGCCUUAAUUUUACUGCAUUAAAAUAAAAUAAACACUAUAUAAACAUGUGUUGUUGGAGAUAAGAGUUACAAGGUCGUCGUAUAAGUGUAGUUCGCAGUGUAACAUUAUCAUUCGAUCGUCCCAAGGUUCGGUGUUGUCUUGGGUGGGAGGGCCUAAGAUUUAUGUACUCAAUUAUUCGUGACUCUGUGCCAAUGGAAUAUGACAAUGAUGAUAACACAUGGCGUCGUCACUCAACGCCGAAAGUGGAGCGGUCUACAUGCCACCAGAUCCCCAAGAGGUCCACGACUGUAGCUGUGGUGGUCCUGGGGCUGGCAGUGCUCAGCUGCUUGCUCGGGUACUGUGUGCUCAGCGAGACGCUGCCCUACGAGUCUAAGACCUUGCGGCUUGUUAUUAUUCUGUUCCGACAUGGAGCCAGAACUCCAGUGGAGAGUUACAACAGUGACCCAUAUAAAAACUAUCAGUGGCCCGAUGGACUUGGUGGACUAACUAAUGCUGGCAAGCUCCAAUUGUACGAGCUUGGCAAAAAGUACAGAAGUUACUAUGCAAACUUUAUUCCGGAAGAGUACUGUGACAAAGAUGUGUUCAUACGCAGUAGCGACAAGUCUCGCUGUCUAAUGAGUGCGUACACAUUCCUGGCUGGACUGUACCCGCCGACUGAGAGACAGCUGUGGCAUCCAGAACUGCCGUGGCAACCUGUUCCUGUACACUCUCUACCCAGGGAACUGGAUAAUAUAGUUGCAGCAACAAAACCUUGCAAAGCAUGGAAGGCCAUGUACCAAGAGCAACUGGCUGAAAAGAAUGCUGAUCCAAAAUUCGCAGAAUUAUUUGAUUAUUUGAGCAAGCACACUAAUCAGAGCAUGCGCAGUAUAUUGCCUGUUGAUUUCUUGUAUAGUACACUGCUAUCGGAACAAGAGGCCGGCUUGAAACUUCCAGAGUGGACGAGAACCGUGUUCCCCAGUAAAAUGAAAACACCAUUCAUGUUGAGCUUAGCUUUGCUAUCUUACAAUGAGAGUUUACAGAGGUUACAAGUUGGUCCGCUUCUAAAAGAGAUGAAGCAGUACUUGGACGAGGCAGUUCGGCACGAGAACGUGGACCGCACUCUAUACGUGUACUCCGGCCAUGACGUCACUGUGGUGUCGCUCUGGCGUGCUUUAGGGUUCGUUGACCUCUUGGCACCAGACUAUGGAGCCAGCAUCGUACUCGAAUUGCAUGAAGAUAUUGAACAGGAGUCAUUCUUCGUGAAGACAUUCUAUCGCAACAACACGAAGGUGGAAGUUCCAUUGGAGCUGAAGUUACCAUUCUGUGACGACCCAUGCACAUACACACAGUUCACAGAACACAUCACCAAGCUGAUACCAGACGACUGGGAGGCAGAGUGUGGCAACACGAACAAGUAACCAUUUCCUUCAUUACGUCUAAGAUAUUGAUCACAAGUCUGCCAACAGUCCAGUUGCUAGUUUAUUAAGUGAAGCCCCAAAAUAUCGAAUGUAUUUAUUAAGAUUUUUUAAGUAAUUUAGAGAUUAAGAUGAGCCAUUCUCAACAGAGUUGGGAGAAAGUUAGUUGGUGUUUAUGGAAUGCUUUUGAAGUAACAUCACAAACUGUUAAUGAAAUCUGUGAUUAUGUGAUUAUUUUUUAUGUAACAAAGGUGCUGUUGGAUACAGUAAUUCACAAAUAGAAUUUAGUUUAAACAACGAUUUUAAGUCACAAUGCCAUAAGGACAAUGUUUGCCAAAAUCUUUAAAUCUUUUAAGGCUGGUUUUUCGCCACCACAAGAAUAAAAUAAAGAUAUUUAUUUAGAAUGGCAAGUUGAAUGGAAUAGCUGACGUUCUUUGGACAAGGCAAUCUGCAUUGUGAGUAAUUAUGAUAUAAGAAUGUUGCCAAAUUGAGCCUGUAGAGAUUUAAUAUUGUUAAGAGUUUAUUUGUAAGUUGGGAGGGCGAAAUGGCUCGUCGAUGUUGUGUGUGGCUAGUGGCUAUGGACGCGACCACUACACUGCGUUGCAAAAAUCGCAAAAUGUAUUGCGCUAUACAACAAAACGUGGACUUUUUAAACAUUUUAGCGUCUUGUUGUGCGGUACGAUGUAAGAUAUUUGUUGUUUGCGUCAUCGCAUCGCAUUACUGUGCGGCGUUUUUUCCACGCGUUGUGUCGUGAUCGCGAGCUAAAAAUAAAUAUUAUUUUAUGCCUUGUUAUUAUUCCAUACAUUUAUUUAAAAUCCUCUAAAAUUACAUUUUUAAAUACAACAUUGAGCCAACCGGUAGCGGGCGCAUGGUCCAAGCUACCGGUGGUUAGGGCUCCAGAGAAAGACCUCCUCAAAAUACGUGCCGUUUCGUGGAGCAUUGCCUUCUGCGUCAGGCCCUUGAUAUUAUUAUUUAGAUGUUUUUUUUUACAAAAAUGUACUCAACGUACACAUGCAUACAUUAAUAUCUAUAGAUGAUAAUGCUAUGCAUGUCCAUUACAACAAAAAUGCGAUUAAAGAUAUUUAUUUUUAUUGCUUUUGUGAAUAUGUUUUAAACAAAUUGUUAUUUAAUUCUAUUGAACCGUCUCUAUUAGGGAUUUAAAAAAAAACCAUUUGCCUAUUAUCUAGUUAUGAUUAUUUACUUAAAUUUAUGAUAGCUAUUUCUUCUAGGAAAUCAUUCCCAAAAUUAAAUACGUAUUCUAUGUGAUAUGUCGGCAUUUGUACUUUUUUGUUUACCAAUUUUAUAUAUGAUACAAAAACUAUAUUUAUUCCAUUUUCCUUCUUUCUUAGACUAAUAUUUGGUCACUAACUAAACUGGUAAGCUAUGAUGUGAAUAUUUAAUGUACUUAUGUUCAUUGAAAAAUAAUCAUUGGCUCUUUAAGGAGUCCACCGGUUAAAUGCUAUUCUGCUAGGUUACUAUUUUGUCUCUCUAUUGUUCAGAUACUAAAACGUCACUCAACUUUAAGCCGCGCUCAAGAAUAGUUCUGUCACUACAAAUUUUAUGUAAACGACAGAGAUAGCACGAUAUUCAAGUACAACUUAAAAUUGAGUAGCAUUUCAGCAUUCGGGCGAAUACCACUGUUAUAUGGAUAUUUCAUACACUGACGUACAUAGAUUAAUUACAUAAACAAAUUGUUGUUUAUACCAACAAUAAUAAAAAAGAAAAUUAGAAUAUGUUAGUAAAAGAAAGCAAUAUUUUCAUACAUUUUAUCCACAAAACUGUUAUAGACUUAAUGAUGUUAAACUGAUUUCUUAUGCACUGAAGGAAUUAAUUGAAAUAAUUAGGAAAUAGAUACAAUUUGAUAUCAAUAUAACGCACCUACUAAUACAAAACUAUAGUACCCAUUGGAAAACAAUAGAUUUUGGACUUUAUUAUAUAACAAAUAAAGUUCAUUAUCUAAACUAAGAAAGUUAAUAGAUUGGAGUAGGUUGAUCUGCUAGAAUUCCCGCCAGUAAUUCGGGAAGAAAACGGUUGCUGAGUCGUGAAUUUCUUUAAUCGAUUUUCAACCUUAUAAUCGGAGUUAUAAAAUUGAAAAUCAAUUAAUUUAAUUUUAACAUGUUUAUUGUUAAAGUUAGCACUUUGUCUUUACUCAAGGUAUUUCAAACUCUUAUGAAUCUUUGUCUUGUUAACGAGAAGUAUUUUCUUAUGUCUUAUAAAAACUUUUUCAGCUAUUUCUCACAAAUGUAAGUAGAUUAAUUGUAUUUACUAUUUAAAUAAAGUUUGUGCUGUAUGGAGCCAUUUGUUGUGUAGUAGUGAGGAAAGCAGCUUAUUAUAUGUGACCUGUUUAGUUUUAAGUUAAUAAUUUAUAUAUGACCUCUUUCAAUAACCUGUGAAGUAGUCAGUAGAUGUUAUGCCUAUUGGAGAUGGAAUUUUGACUAAUUUAUAACGAGCUAAUACCAACAUUUUGUCUCUAUAAAAUCUACUACUACUUCUAGGUAACGGCAGAGGUUAUUGGGAUUGGCCAUAGAAGACCUGUCUGGAACCAUAUUUGGGUGCCAUAAAUUAUUAGCUUACCCAGAAUAGGGAUGAUGACGGGGUAUGAAAAUUAAAAAUCUAUUUAAUCUACAAGACGGACAUUAAAAUAAAAAUGAGUCAUCUACCCUAUUGUAAAGCAGGUCCUUAUUUGUUUAAGAUACGUUUUGUUAUUACUUAAUAUUAUACUGAUGAUAUUACACAGGAAAUCUCGACACUAAGUACUUUAUUAUUCAUUGUGAAUAAAUGUUAGAGUCUAAUUGUAAAACUAUAAUGUUGUUGUUUUUUGUAAUGUUUACUAUUAAAUGUUUUAAUGUGAUA